GUAGUUCACUCAAAAAUCCUAGUCUGAGCCGAACAUUAAAGCUAAGCGAACGGAAAUAUUUUUAUUCUAUUUUGCUACAAAAAACCGUUCUUAGUCAAAAAAUUUGGAUUCAAAAAGUUGGUUAGAAAAAGGCAUUUGGUCGCCAAGCUUAUUUGUCUUUGAGAUAUAAAAACCCGAACUCACUGUAAAACUUGUUGAAUUCGUUUGAUCCGUGGAGUUUCAAGUUUAUUAAACCUAUUAUGAUGGCAAAGAAUGUUUACUCACCAAAGGCAGAAAACCUGUCUCGACAUGAGAUACUGGCUUGGGUAAACGAAACUCUUCAGGCAAACAUCAAGAAAAUAGAGGAACUCUGCUCAGGUGCCGCGUACUGCGUUUUAAUGGAUAAACUGUUUCCCAACUCAGUACAGCUGAAAAGGGUCAAAAUGGAAGCUAACCAGGAACACGAGUUCCUCAACAAUUUUAAGAUAUUACAGGGGGGUUUUAAAAAGAUGUCGGUAGAAAAGUUUAUACCCAUUGAGAGAUUGGUUAAAGGUCAAUUCACCGACAAUUUGGAAUUCUUGAAAUGGUUUAAAAAAUUCUAUAAUGCCAAUGAUAAAAGCAAGGAUAAUGCUUGUAGCGAGGUCCAUGAAGAUACUAGCUUAUUUCUAGACACAUCCAAGAACGACUCCAACUUAAUUCUAGACGAGACCAAGACCGACUCUAGCUUUGCGCUUGCAGGGACUGAUCAGUACUUGGAAGAGGAGUCCGAGGCCCAGGGAGAUGGCAUGCCUGAACCUAUGACAGAAGCCGACUUCAGCUUCACAACUGAUCAGCCCUUGGAAGAGGAGGAGGAGGCCAUGUCAAGUGAAGACGCUGGGCUUCAAAUGACGAGUUCCAUGCUCUUACUAGUUUGGAUGGAGCGCGACUUUUACUAUUCUAAAUUGCGCAGAAUCCAGGUUUUGUGUGGUGAAUCUGAAUGUCCUGAAGAGAAGGCGGUUUUGCAGCGCAUUUUAGACAUCGUGAAAUCGUCUGCUCAUGACUAUGCACUGCCAUAUAGUUCUUCAGAGCAGGAAGAACAGGAAGAAAAUUAAAUAUGAAACAAAAUCUGGAAAAGCAUGUUGAGCAGAAACAGAAGCAAGCAAACACUCAACGGUAUUCAUUUGUUGUCAACUGGAAUUUAUACCCCUAAUUUACCCAAAAUUUAUAUCGGUUUAAAUACUAAUUAAAUUAAAUGCUAAAUAACAGAGUCGAAGGCCUUAGAUGCUAUGGCUCUUUACCCAUA